AUGCUGGUCUCUCCUUUCAAGCUCGUUGUGCUUCCAAUUCGGCUGCUUGUCGCUGCUCGAGACCGCCGAAUUCCAUCUUUGACCAAGCCGCUGCAUCGUGCUCAUAAUCUUUGUUUCUUGUCUCUUGAAGCUGUUACUCGUUUCGGCUAUCUUAAGGGAAGAAAAUUUAUUUGUCAGAAAAUUCUUCCCCUUGGUGUCUCGACCUUGUAUGGAGCUCAGCAGUUGAUUGAGGUUGCUGAUCUGCUUAGCACGGUACGCAAUGUGAAGCCGUUUAAUAAGCAGGUAGUGUACGAAUUCUAUGCGAAUCUGGCAGAUUUGGAGAUUCGUUCUUCUGGUCUCAUGCAAGUGUAUGUCAGAGGUAAGAUGUUUGAGUUCUCUCCCUCGAUUAUCAACCGCAUGUUUGAUAUUGACAUUGCUGUUGUGGAUCCCAAGCUGCCUUUGAUCUUUACUUACGCCACUAAGAAUGAGGUUUCUGAGUUGCUAUCUGGCGGUCAUGUUAAGCGCUGGAAGUAUCUGACUACUGCUCGUUUUACCCAGUCCAUGAUAAUGCUGCAUAAGAUCAGUUGCUUCAACUGGUAUCCCACGACCAAUCUAAACACUCUGCAGUUUGAUCGAUCUCAACUCCUGUAUAUGAUUGCAAACCGGCGACCUUUCAAUUUUGGGCAGUUUGUUUAUGAUCAUGUACGCUCUAUUGCUGCACAAUCUGGUCCUAGCAACACUCGUCUGGCCUAUCCGAAUCUGAUCUAUCAGAUUCUCUGUUUCCAGCGUGAGGUUCCGGUGUAUGCUACUGAUAAGUUCUCUGGGGAUCCGGCUCACUUUGCUUUUGAUGCUAAGAGUUGUUCACAACUCGACACUCCACUCGUUAUUACGCCUCGCAUGGAGCUUGCGGAUGAUCUGUCUGAUGUUAUUGAGCUUCUUCUGAAGAUGAAGGCUCGUCUUGCAGAUACGUGGGGAGACUAUGAUGAUCCCGAAUCUGAUGUUGCUGAGGAAGAUGGUGUUGCAUCCGAUGGCGAUAGUGACACUUCAGAUGGUGAUGGAUCUGAUGGUGAUGGUGAUCGUGAUGCGAGUGUGGGGGAGAGUUAG